AUGAAUAAUCAACAACAGCAAUCAAUAAAAAAUCCAUUCGCCAAGUCUGCCCUUCAACUCCAGAAGGAGCAACGAAGGAAGUUGAUGUUACAAAGACAACAAGGUGGUAAUGCAACACCAUCGGCAUCAUCAUCAUCACCAACUCCCAAACCAAUAAUACAAAACCGAUCAGCACCACCUACACAUAUACCAAGACAAGCACCACCACAAAAUGUAAAUUAUAAUAGACCACCUCCUAAUGUAAAUGUUACUGAAUUACGUCUUACCAAGGUUGCUACACCGAAUGCAUACUACAUUUGUAAAUUCCCAAAGGUUUUGGACUUUGAAUCAAUGCCUGGACAAUUAAAAAUCAGACUUAAAGGAAAGGAGGAUGAAGAGGCUGAUAUGGAGGAAAAACCACAAGAAGAGGAACCAGAACCAGAAGAAGAAAAUCCAUUCCAAAAAAAGAAACAAGUAAGAAGAAAUCAAAAACAUGAAUAUAUUUUCGAAAAUGCUGAGCCACCAAAGAAAGCUUUUGAAGGUAUUCCAGAGGAAACUCAGGAUGCCAAAUAUGCUCUCUUUAUCAUUAGAGAAAAUCCUCAAACAGGACAACAAGAAUUUGGAGUUUUACCUGUCGGAUCACAAUGGUUGACUUUCAGGCCAAGAAUUUUAAAAGCCAAUGCUGUUCCUCUAACUUUGGAACAAGCUGAAAAAAAGAUGAAACAAAAAGAUUCCCUGAUGAGCGAUCAAUGGAAGAGAAUUAAACCUGAAAUUGCUGAGGAAUUAAAACAUGAUAGAAAGAGAAAGAAGGAAAAGGAAAUCGAUGAUGAAAUGGACUUUGAGGAUGUUAAUGAUGAUGAUGAACAAGAUGAAUAUUCAAAGAAAAUUUCUAGGGAAGAUAGAAUGGAAGCAAAGAAAGUUUUCGGAUCUGAUGACGAAAAUGGAUCUGACUCGGAUUCUGACUCUGACGACGAAGAAAAGAUGCGUAAGGAAAAGGAAAAGACCUCAAGACGAGAAUUGGAUAAGCUCAUCAAGAAAGAAAAUGGAGAGGAGGUCGAUGAGGAAGAUGAUGAAAAUGAACAAUUGAAGGAAAAGAUCAAAGAAGCCAAAAAGAGAAAGGUCGAAGAAAACUCUUCUGGUUCAUCUGAAGUCAAGACAGAAGAACCAGAGGCCAAGAAGGUCAAAACAGAGCCAGUGUCAGAGAAUGACAAACUAAAGAACUCAAUCCUAAAGUAUUUGAAGAAGAAGGGUGAAGUCAAGACAAGUCGUUUCAAGAAGAAGUUCUUUAAAGAUUGCUCUUCUGAACAGGAAAAAGAUCAAAGAAAGAACCAAGUUCUCCAAAUCAUGAAGGAAAUUGGAGCUAAAACUUAUGACCAAAAUGGAACCAAAGUUAUCAAAUUAGAUCCAACUGCUCAAGAAUGA